GCGAUGCGUGUGUUAGUAGUUAUUGGGAUAGCAAUUGCGACAGCGAGGGCGAGCCAAGAUGCCGUCCUGGCGAAGUUAGACCCUGGACCCCGGUACCAAUACGUCUCGGGAGAGAAUGGAAUUGAACUCCAGGACUUGUGGCUCAAAUCCAGCGACAUAAAGGAGACUGCGUAUUACGAUCCCGAUUUUAUUAAUGGGUAUCAUCUGUUCACCAGAUCCAACCCUACAAUCAGCCAGCCUCUACCAAGAGGACAUACGGAUAGAUUAGCCAGGUCUAACUACGAUCCCAAGAAGAGAACAAUUGUGUUAGUUCACGGAUGGCGGAACACGCCUACUUCCGAGUUUCAUGUUGUUUUAAUACCAGCGUUCCUGGAAGCUGAAGAUGUGAAUGUUAUCAUGACGGACUGGAGUGUCGGCGCCGCUGGGAGUUACCUGCCGGCCCUGCUGAACUGCAUCAGAUCGGGUGAAAGUGUAGCGAAGUACUUGAAAUGGUUGGUAGAGGAGAGUGGAGGGGACCUGUCCCGCUUCCACCUGGUGGGGCACAGCCUGGGGGGACACCAGGUCGGCAUCAUCGGCAGGAACCUCGGCGGCGUGGUACCUUACAUCACUUCUCUCGACCCUGCUUUUCCUGGUUGGAUAACUAAUCCACACCGCUUCAAAGCUGACGACGGUCUCUACACCGAAGUAAUGCACACCAACGCUGGAAUGUUAGGGUUUCUCACCGCGCUGGGGGAUGUCGACUUCUACCCUAAUGGGGGAGUUAACAUGCCGGGCUGUGAGGACAGGUCGUGCAGUCAUCACAGAUGCAACUUCUAUUUAGCGGAGUCUUUGAAGGGCGGGUUCCUGGGCUCUCAGUGUGACGACUUGGCGUCCGCCCUCACCGGGAACUGCGAUGGAACAACUCUGAACAUGGGCGGUCUCACGCCUAAGCCUGGGUACACUGGAUUAUACCACGUCGAAACUAAUGUGCAUUCGCCGUUCUCCAAAAAUUAAAUCUAUAAAAUGUU